CAUUCUGGGACGAAGUAGGCCUAAUGUAAUGUUGACACAGUGUUAAUAUUUCACUUCCGACGUGAAACACAGAAAACAAUAAAAGGCAACACUAAACAUUGUUGAGGUAAUAAACUAGUAAGACCUUGACAUUGAUCCGGUAGACAUGAAGUACGUUAACAUUCUUCUACUGUUUGCUUGCAUAUACGAUGCUGUUCUUCUGUCACGUGCGGACUCAUGUUCGGGAAGAUGUGAUUCUGGGUUCAGCAACUCAUACGACUGUCAGUGUAACACUCAAUGUGCUACUUAUGGGGAUUGCUGUUCUGACUAUCAGUUAGAGUGUUUGGGUUCAUGCUCUGGGAGGUGUGACACUAAUCUGGACAGCAGCAAGGACUGCCAAUGUAACAGUGCUUGUGAAAAAUAUGGCGACUGUUGUUCUGAUUACCAUACACUAUGUACAGGAGGAUCUGGUCCCGUACCAGUGACAUCUGCGGAUUUGACGACACUUGCUAACACACUGUGGUCGGUUGAUGGAAACCGUGCGUCGUCUUCUCAAUUUACCGUCAAUAAGCAGACAAAGCUUAGCAGCUCUUCAAACACUGUUGACAAGUCUAGCUCACCACUCUUGUCGUACGUAGACGGUGCUCUAUUGAAAAAGGAUACCUAUGCUAAGUUUAUUUCCCUGCUUGACAAUUUUAUCGCAAGUACUGGACGUAAUGAAGUCUUCACAUCGACUGAGACUAAAGAGAAAGAUGCUUUCAUGAGCGCUAUUAUGAAAACAUCCGUCAUGACAGAAACUUAUAAUUUCCUGUACUCCAAAGGCUACGUUUUAAGUUUAGAGGAUUUCCAGUAUAAGAUGGAAGAGAUGUGGUUUAAAGCGUAUGGUAGAUCGUCUUCUUCCGAUUCCUCUGGAUUCGAACAUGUCUUCGUCGGCGAACAGAAAAGCACCUCCGUCUCCGGAUUUCACAACUGGAUCCAAUUGUACCACGAAGAGCAGUCUGGCGACUUGAACUACUAUGGCUACACCAAAGACGCUUCCGUAACUAUAAUUUUAUCAAAUGAAAUUACAGUACAAUUAAAAGUGUAGGGUGAUCGUCAUUUA